CACCCAAGUUGAGAGGAAUGUAUUCAUUUGUAUUAUGGCAAGAUCUUGGGCCCCUUCAGAGCUGGAGGAUGGAAGAUGAGCUACAUACUGGUUUGGCCCUCUAUCCCAGCUAGUGAAAAGGUUGUUGCCCUCGGUUCAGACGGGCUUCCUCAUUCAGCAUUUAAACCAGCCAGCCAUCGAAAUCAGUUGGAUCUCUUCUUGUCCUCCCGAAUUGUCGAUCAUCAUUCAACGUGCUACCCAAGCCCUUGAAUCUAGAACAAUUUACUACACUAAAAUACUCUAGGCUCUAUAACUAGGCUUCUUGCUUACCAUCGGAUUAACAAACAUAUACCAGCCGGCGAGCCACCGUCGCCAAGUUUCUCGCACCACCUGUUACGCAAAGAGGCAAAAAUUUCGGUUGCUCAUUUAUUGAGAUUGCCUUGAUGUCUGAUUUAAAAAGCAGCCCUCCAUUGAGCCCCCUCGACAGACAAGAAGCAUCAAUUUCUACUACUCGACUAAUUAUGCAGCCCACUGUUUCCAAGGCUGAUUUAGAGAUAUCAUCGAAUCUUCGAGGGCCAACCACUUGCCCUGCUCCCAUGACUAAAGUUAUCAACUGUGUCGGGGUGCUAGCCUUUGGCACGAUUGCAAACAGCAUCGUUGGGGCUUUGACGGGGCUUUUGGGCUCGCUGAUUUGGCAGCACGAUAGGCGCGUUGUGCAGAUGAUUGUGAUCAUCGGAGGUCUUGCGGGUGGGAUCGGCGGCUUGCUCCAUGCAAUAUUUAUUGUGAAUGGCAAGCUACUGUACACGGGCGAAGGAGACGCGAGCGAUCGAGGAGAGAACGAGGAUUUCGGGCGAGUGUUUGUUCGAGUGUUCAGCCAGGCACCUUUCUGGAGCGUGAUUGGCGCCUCGAUAGGCUUUGGGAUUGCGAGAAACUCGAGCCUUCAUGAUAUCACUUUCACUCUUGUCAUCUUCACCGCUCUGGCUGGUACCCUCGGAUUCGCAAUCUACGCGAUGGCCAUGUGCUGGCUCACAGGCUCUUACUCUCAUCUCUUAAUCUUGCAAAAUCAGGUACUUGUGCUCGCAGAAAAACUCGAGAUUUGGAACGACUCCGACAACCAAUCUGUCCAAUCUCCAAUCCCUUAUAACCCUCUAAUGCCUGAAUUCGAAUCCUUACCAAGGAAAGCCAAACAAAUGGUUAUUGAUAUGAAAGAAUAACAUUAAUAGCAUUGCAUCAAUCUUUCCUCUCUUUCCAAAUCAUUCAUGUUAUCCACUUCAUCUUUUUGCUUGUAUUCAUACAUAGACUCAUCCCAUCUACAUAUAGCGCGGCACGUCUCCCCUUUCCUGAAAAAUAUAAAUAAUAUCUUGCUUAUUGCUCCAUGCCUCCAUUUGAAUCUUUGCGGAUCAUGGUAAAAACUUCAAGCUUGUUGAUUGGAAUAUGAUUACACAGUUCAAAAAAAAAGUCAUGUACAAUUCGG